UGGCGCACACUGCUGUUGUUUCAGUGCGGAGGAGGGACAAAGCUCUCUCUCUCUCUCCCUCCCUCCCCGACAGCACUCUUCAAGCCUCAUCUGUUGUUGACAGAGCAGUCAGUGUGUGAUCGCGCCGGUCAGUGCGGUCGGUGAUGUUCGGCCCUGAGCGUUAGAGUCUCCGCGGACCCCGUGUCGCGCGCGCGGGCCCCUUUCUUUAAUCACUCCCGGGUCCCGCUGGAAUGGAGCCGCGACUCUGAAGCGAGUUUCUUCACCUGAGUUGCUGCAGAUAGGAUGGCAAGGAGCUGAAAGAAGAAGGGAGAAAGAGGAAAACCGACUACCCGCACUUACUGGCAGGGGCUUGACAUAUCAGUUUUCACUUAUUACGGCAUUGCAGCUGUCCCAAGGGUAAGUGAUGGCUGCUUACGGACAGACACAGUACAGCCCUGCCAUCCAACCUACAGGCCCAUACACACCCUACACACAUCACGCCCAGAGCUACAGUGUGCCACCGUACAAUAUUAAAACAGAAGAUGGCUUGAGUCAUUCGCCAGGACAGAGCAGUCUGCUUGGCUACACGUCCAACUUCAGCGGAACACCUCCUAGCCAAGCUCUUUACAGUUACUCCACACACGGUGGCAGUAUUUCGUCUGGAAUUUUCCAAGGAACAAAUGCCAUCACAGGCUCAACGCCAUUUAGUCCCACACAGCAGGAUUUCACAGCAUAUUCCAGUUAUGGUCAAAGCCAGUACUCGCCAUACUAUAAUACACACUAUAACAACCCCUACCUCACAAGCAGUAAUAUCAGCCCGUCAGCCAUCGGCACAGCAAUCCCCUAUCAGCAUCCAGAACAUCCUGCUGUAACAACCAAUCACAGCCCAGAGUCCCACCCAGGGGAGUAUCACGCCCCUCCUAGCCCCCCAACCCCAGGAAAGGAGCAGGAAGGAGGUCCAGCCAGACGCGGCUCAGAUGGAAAGCUGCGGGGAAGGAAGAGGGCCAAUGACCCUGUACCCCCACUGGACUCAGAAAUCGAGAGAGUGUUUAUUUGGGAUCUGGAUGAAACCAUCAUCAUUUUCCACUCUCUUCUCACCGGCUCUUUUUCCACACGCUUCGGCAAGGACUCCACCAAAGCUGUGUCUCUGGGGCUGUGGAUGGAGGAGAUGAUCUUCAACUUGGCAGACUCACGACUCUUCUUCAAUGACCUGGAGGAAUGUGACCAAGUUCAUAUCGAUGAUGUGGCCUCAGAUGACAAUGGACAGGACUUGAGCACAUAUAACUUUGGAACAGACGGUUUCCAGAGUCCUGCAGGAGGUGGUGCUCUGUGUUUAGGCUCAGGGGUCCACGGUGGCGUCGACUGGAUGAGGAAGCUGGCCUUCCGCUACCGGCGAGUAAAAGAGAUCUACAACACUUUCAAGAACAAUGUAGGAGGUUUGCUGGGGAGUCCAAAGCGAGAAGAAUGGCUUCAGCUGAGGCGAGAAAUGGAGGUUCUGACUGAUCUAUGGCUUACGCAGGCUCUAAAGGCUCUAGCGCUUAUUAACUCCAGACCAAACUGUGUGAAUGUGAUGGUUACCACCACUCAGCUGAUCCCAGCUCUUUCCAAAGUGCUGCUGUAUGGUCUGGGAGGAGCUUUUCCCAUCGAGAACAUUUACAGUGCCACCAAAACUGGUAAAGAGAGCUGUUUUGAAAGGGUGACUCAGAGGUUUGGGAGGCGAGCGGUGUACGUGGUAAUCGGAGAUGGAGUGGAAGAGGAAACCGUGGCAAAGAAAAAAAACAUGCCAUUCUGGAGGGUAACAUGCAGAGCAGACCUGGAGGCACUGAGUCAUGCACUAGAGCUGGACUACCUCUAGAGGGCAGAAUCUCAAAUGCCAUAUCUCAUUUGAAUUGGUCAACCAUAAUCACAUGGCCAAGCCAAGAACUGCAGGACCAAUCUGCCGGGAGUUGCAAAUGUAUUUGUUCCAAAUCAGUUUAGAAAACCUUUUUUUUUUUUUUUUUCCUUUUUCCUCUUUUCUUCCAUCUGUGACAGCAGUUUUAUACAAUGGCACAUUGCACUGGACAUAAUAAUCCAUUUUAAGUAAGACCAGAGUGCUUUAAAGGACCAAAAUGUUUGUGCUUAUUGACAUAAGACAACAGGACUUCAGGACAGAUUUGUAUGAAUCAUUUGUGAUGUGAAAGAUCAGAUUUUGGAUAAAAAGCGUGCAUAUAUUUGUGUUUUCUACAAAUUCACAAGCAGCUGCUGAUGUCUGCGGUAGAUGAGACUUAUCUAUAUGUCACUCAGAUUUAUUCCACAUUAACCUUUUAUGAGGGGGAAAAAAAGAAACGCUCUUUAUUUUUCCUCUAAGUCCUAAUUAAAAUAUCAGCUUUUUUUUUUUUUUACAACUGUGAAAUUCAGUAAAAUUCUUUAAGCAAAAAUAAAGCACAAUUAGGGGAAUUAUCUGUAUAACUGAAAAUCAGUUAGGAAAAUGUAGAUAUAACAAUUUUAGUUUAAGUUUUCCUAAUAAUUUCUGUCAAUAAUGCAAUAAUGUGUCGAUGAUAUUACUGAUUCAGAUACUGAUCCAUUCAUUUAGGUAAACAAAAAAAAAAUUAAUUAAAUGUUUAAAGAAAAUGUGAUAUUCCACUCAAUGUAUUUCUGUCUCUAAAGUACUAUAUACUAUUUAAUAACACAUUUUUUAAAAAGACAGUGCAAGAUAACAUUAUAACUAAUCCCAAAAGUAGCCAAAGUAUAAAGCUGAGUCUAUUGAUAAAGGUGACAAUCAUCUACGUAACUUAUGAAUAUUUUUGUGAGGUGAUUUCUUAAGCACUAGAAAAUAUCUCCUUCAUUCCUCUUCACUAUGUGCCUGGACCACGGUGAUCUGUAAUAUUUGUUACUGGAUGUACAUUUGAUUUUGUUUCUUUCUAUUAACGUUUCUGAAGUUUAUUUGUGUAUUUCUUUCCUGUAUGGAAUCUGUACGGUUGUCUUUUAAAUUGCAUGUGCCUUUUACACUGCCUGUCCUCCUAGCUAUUAUUUGUAUAUAUGGUUUUAUUGUUGGUUUGUUUUUGGGCCAAUACGAUAGAACAAUAAAAAAAAUAAAUUAAUUGCAUUAAAUCAG